AACUCAGAAAAGUGCUCCCCAAAACAAGUAAAAACCUUCGGGGAAGAGGCAAAGUCCCUGAGCUAUCCUGACCCCAGCCGCCGGCCCGUGUUUGGUGGAUCAGGUCCUGGAGCUCGGCAGCCUGGAAGCCCCACACCAGGCCGGCCCCUACGGCCGCUCAGAAAACGCGGCGAGCGGAACCCGCACGCGGAAGCGCCGGCCGCACUGAGCAUGCCCAGUUGCAGAGCCGACCAGAGGAGUUUUUUCUUUUCUUUUCUUUUUUUUUUUUGGGGGGGGGUCUCAAGUAGGAGGCCUCCCCACCACCCCCACCCCAACCCCCCAGCACCCCCGGCUUAAGCAGCUACCAUGGCCCAGGUGGCCAACGCGGCGUUGUCCCAGGCGGGUUGGUAUCUUUCAGAUGAAGGCAUUGAAGCUUGCACAAGCUCUCCUGACAAAGUCAAUGUAAAUGACAUCAUCCUGAUUGCUCUCAAUACAGAUCUGAGAACAAUUGGCAAGAAAUUCCUCCCCAGUGACAUCAAUAGUGGAAAGGUAGAAAAGCUCGAAGGUCCAUGUGUUUUGCAAAUUCAAAAAAUUCGCAAUGUUGCUGCACCAAAGGAUAACGAAGAAUCUCAGGCUGCACCAAGGAUGCUGCGAUUGCAGAUGACUGAUGGUCAUAUAAGUUGCACAGCAGUAGAAUUUAGUUACAUGUCAAAAAUAAGCCUGAACACACCACCUGGAACUAAAGUUAAGCUCUCAGGCAUUGUUGACAUAAAAAAUGGAUUCCUGCUCUUGAAUGACUCUAACACUACAGUUCUUGGUGGUGAAGUGGAACACCUUAUUGAGAAGUGGGAGUUACAGAGAAGCUUAUCAAAACACAAUAGAAGCAAUAUUGGAACUGAAGGUGGACCACCUCCUUUUGUGCCUUUUGGACAGAAGUGUGUAUCUCAUGUCCAAGUGGAUAGCAGAGAACUUGAUCGAAGAAAAACAUUGCAAGUUACAAUGCCUGUCAAACCUACAAAUGAUAAUGAUGAAUUUGAAAAGCAAAGGACGGCUGCUAUUGCUGAAGUUGCAAAGAGCAAAGAAACCAAGACAUUUGGAGGAGGUGGUGGUGGUGCCAGAAGUAAUCUCAAUAUGAAUGCUGCUGGUAACCGAAAUAGGGAAGUUUUACAGAAAGAAAAGUCAACCAAAUCAGAGGGAAAACAUGAUGGUGUCUAUAGAGAACUGGUUGAUGAGAAAGCUCUGAAGCACAUAACAGAAAUGGGCUUCAGUAAGGAAGCAUCCAGGCAAGCUCUUAUGGAUAAUGGCAACAACUUAGAAGCAGCAUUGAACGUACUUCUUACAAGCAAUAAACAGAAACCUGUUAUGGGUCCUCCUCUGAGAGGUAGAGGAAAAGGCAGGGGACGAAUAAGAUCUGAAGAUGAAGAGGACCUGGGAAAUGCAAGGCCAUCAGCACCAAGCACAUUAUUUGAUUUCUUGGAAUCUAAAAUGGGAACUUUGAAUGUGGAAGAACCUAAAUCACAGCCACAGCAGCUUCAUCAGGGACAAUACAGAUCGUCAAAUACUGAGCAAAAUGGAGUAAAAGAUAAUAAUCAUCUGAGACAUCCUCCUAGAAAUGACACCAGGCAGCCAAGAAAUGAAAAACCACCUCGUUUUCAAAGAGACUCCCAAAAUUCAAAGCCAGUUUUAGAAGGCAGUGGAUUACCUCGAAAUAGAGGUUCUGAAAGACCGAGUACUUCUUCAGCAUCUGAAGUAUGGGCCGAAGACAGAAUCAAAUGUGAUAGACCGUAUUCUAGAUAUGACAGAACUAAAGAUACUUCAUAUCCUUUAGGUUCUCAGCAUAGUGAUGGUGCUUUUAAAAAAAGAGAUAACUCUAUGCAAAGCAGAUCAGGAAAAGGUCCCUGCUUUGCAGAGGCAAAAGAAAAUCCACUUCCUCAAGAAUGUGUAGAUUAUAAUAAUCAAAAACGUGGAAAAAGAGAAAAUCAAACAUCUAUUUCUGAUUAUUUUUAUGACAGGAAAUCACAAACAAUAAAUAAUGAAGCUUUCAGUGGUAUAAAAAUUGAAAAACAUUUUAAUGUAAAUACUGAUAAUCAGAAUCCAGUUCGAAGUAAUAGUUUCAUUGGUGUUCCAAAUGGAGAAGUAGAAAUGCCACUGAAAGGAAGACGAAUAGGACCUAUUAAGCCAGCAGGACCUGUCACAACUAUACCCUAUGAUGAUAAAAUAUUUUACAGUAGUGGGCCCAAAAGAAGAACUGGGCCAAUUAAGCCAGAAAAAAUACUAGAAUCAUCUAUUCCUAUGGAGUAUGCAAAAAUGUGGAAACCUGGAGAUGAAUGUUUUGCACUUUAUUGGGAGGACAACAAGUUUUACCGGGCAGAAGUUGAAGCCCUCCAUUCUUCGGGUAUGACGGCAGUUGUUAAAUUCACUGACUACGGAAACUAUGAAGAGGUGCUACUGAGCAAUAUCAAGCCCAUUCAGACAGAGGCAUGGAAAGAAGCAGGAUAGAAUCACUGAAUCUUUUGGAGAAUCUGGUAUUUCUUUUCUCAUACUUUUAUAAUCAAAUGGUUGUUGAUGUUUUAUGAAUUUGCAUAAGUUACUAUAACAGACAUCUCUGGAUCAUGCACAUCAUGAUCAGCCUUUCUUCUUUAUCUGCAUAAAUAAUUAACUUAGUUGAGAGAAAUAUCUCCUCGAAAUAUAGAGGCCACCAGCUUAAUAUAUCUCGACCUAUUUGUAUUUUAAAAAAUAUUUGUGUGCACAUAGAUGUCAAAAAACCCUGAAGAAAUAUAGUCUGUGUUGCUGUCAGUACAUGUAAUGUGGAGUUAGUAUAGAAUUCUCUUAGCCCCUGAAAGUGUUAAUGUUGGGGUCUUUGAGUACUUUUUAAAAAUUUUGGUGAAGAGGAAACUAUAACAAGUUUUAAGUCAAUCAAAAAUGUACAAAAUUAUCAAAAAACAAAACAUUCACUGUACUAAUAAGAAGGUAACUAUAACUGAUAAAUCAUACUAGAAAAAUUAAAGGGCUGCAAAGCUGCAGGGAAAUGGUUAGAGAGGCCUUAGCACAAUUAUACUAUGGAUUGUGGAAUUUUUAAUUUUUUAACUUGUGCACUAUAUAUGUGCACUACAAUUUUUUUUUAUUGUGAAAUGGUAUCUUUUAUUAAGAUUUAUGUUUGUUCUUGUUCUUGUAUCUUGUAUCUUGUUCUUGCCACAAGAUUUCGGAAAACUCCUGUUUUCCUGAAUGUAGCAGUGAUCAUUUAGUGAAGAUUUUUUUAAACUAGUUUGCAGAAAAACAGUCAGAAAAGCCUGCAUAUAAGCCAAAAGCCUUUGUAGAAAAUUAGUUGCUUGUAUUGUCUUUUAAAAGUAUAAGCAUAAAUCAUUAAAUAAAAAGCAUGAUAUAUGAAGUGACUCGAUGACUAAGUUAAUAGCCCGUUGUAUGGAAAAUUAAAAUAAAAAUCGUUAAUACUUUAAAUGUAAGUGUUAAUGUUUUUCUCAUGAAAUUUAGAAAUUAUUUGCCUUAAAUUUGUCAGUAGGCCAAAUAUUUAUUUCUCCUUUCCGUGUGGAUAUAUAUUUUUACUUCCAGAACAUACGCACUUGGGGAGUAUAUUUUUGAAAUAUUUUGAAAGUAUUAAUGUUGGUGUCUUUGAGUACACAUUUAUAUGGCCAAAAUGUGUGUUUUGAUUAUGAUUAAAUACUAAUUUUCUUCAAAAUGAUUCAUUAAACUUCUGUUGUCAUCCCUGAUUUAUUUGU